UGUAAAAAUCACCUGCGCAUGCGCCGACAUUCAGUCUGAGCGCGGCCGUCGCAGCGUGCGGACGUGUUGGCACGUAACCUUAUGUACAGCAACACCUCGUUUCCCGGUAACUAACUGUCGAUAUUGCUCCGAUUAAAAUUCCUCCCGUGUCCUCCGUCACUCCAGCGCCGGAUUUUUGUGUGUUGUGAUCGAAAUAAUCAGUUCGAAACCGUGUGACAUUUGUUGAACGCUGCCGUUGUGAUUUUAAUGUUGAUACCCACAAAAGGAUGACAAUAUAAAGACAACAAAAAUGGCUGCCACUCUCAUCAGAUUGACUUUAACACUAGUGGCGCUAGUGAGUGCAAUCCACGGCCAGUACAGUGACCUUGUACCAACACUGGACAUAGACAUGCAGAGCGACGACGCGAACGACACUUUGAGCGAAAUCGCAUCAGAAACGGACAAACCCAUCUUAAAAACCAACGACGGCGAGACAACGGAGCCGGUGCUCGAAGGACCAAAGCUGUCAGACCCAGCCCGCGCGGAACACGAGGGCGCAAACGACGAUAGAACCGAGAGCUCGAACGAAGCCACGGGCCAAGAUAUAACGGCCGCCACUGACGUCACCACGUCAAGCGACAAUAAUGUUUACACUGCCAAGGAACCGAUGGAGGAUAUUUACUCUAAUCAAGAUGCUUACAAUGUGCAGGUCGAAUCGACCGCGACCACCACGCACACGUCGGAUGCGGUGGACGGUUUCCCGCCAAAACCGGCGGAGUUCGAACAGGAGGAACAGGAUUACAGCGGACAGCGCAGCCCCAAGACCGAUAACUCGAACACGCUGCCACCGAUGGACGCCCGAACGUUCGAGAAACCCAAGCCUCUACCCGCAGCGAGCAAAAGCGCCACGCUCCGCGCUUGGCUCGAGGACACGUGGCUGCGGCCGCCAGUCGGCGUGCUGGUGCCGCUGCGGCCGGACGCGUUGGCGCGCGCGCUCGCCGUGUGGAACGACGUCACCGCUGACGGGUUGAAUUUGACGGAUAUCGUCAUUGUGGGAUACGAUUCUAAUGGAGUGAACUGGCGGUCCCGCCACAAUCUGCAACCGUCCAGCGCCACGGGCGACAGGGCAGUCGGCAGCGCUUUGUCGAAGCUACUGCAUAAAUACCAGGGUGUCUACACGAGCACCGCAAGCGAUGGGACAAUGCGCGCCCUAGCAUCCGCCGCCAAGCUGGUGCCCUACGACAGCGCCCUAUUCCUCGUCACCGACAGGGCGCCGGGCGACGCGCAACGCCUGCCGCUGGCUCUGAGGGCGCUGGUUGAAAAGCGGCUAAAGGUGUACACGGUGUGGACGGACCCCAGCCACCCGGCACCGGAGUCCGAGCUCGCGCUCCAGGACUUGAGGAACGUGUCGUCGCACACGGAGGGCGAAGUCCUACCCUACGCUCUGCCGAAUACGGACGACGAUACAUCUAUAUUGGCGGAGCUGCAGCAGUGGAACCCAACGGAAGCGCAGCCGAGGCGAGAAGCCAGGGUGAAAACGUACCCGGAAACUGACGAUUAUGAUACACUUCUCAUGCGAAAAGGAGAAGGGGAGGCGUUAUCCCUCGGACUUCCCAUAGACAAUGGAGUUACAGCGUUGAAGAUAUACUUGGAGGGAGCUGUAGAACACGCAGUGCUGUAUCCACCAAACGAUGGAGCGCAAAUAGACCUGUACAACGCGUCCUCGAUCCGCGCCUUCUCACCGCCGUCCACCGCGGAAGGGACGUCGCCCAGGAUCGUACAUCUCGUGUUCCCGACGUCGCUUGAUGACACGCUCACCGUGCUGCCCGCGGAGGCGACGGACGCGGCGGACCGCUCGCUGGCCGGCACUUGGCACCUCAGCGUGCGGUGCGACGCGUGCGUCUACCGGCUGCGCGUCGCCGCCAGGUCGUCGCUGCACUUGCGCGUGGACGUCGUGGACGAUAUGCUGCAAAUGAAGAUAUAUGGACCGGUGGCGAGCGUGCGCGACACGAUUCUAGUGGACGAAUAUGGCUCAGAACUUGCCAAAUUACCAUUUAACUACCAGCCAACAUCUGAUAUAGACGAAUCCAGCGCCAACGCUGACAUCCAGGCCGAGCUGCAGAUGCCCAACGUAGCCAGUUCCAGUGUAUACGUGAAAAUAUUCGGACGAGAUAUUAAAGGCGAACCGUUCACGAGACUAUCCAGACAGAUCCAGAAGCACACAGAAGUUAGGAUGGGCAGGUCCGCGUCCAUCGUGUUCCCGGAAUCGCCAAAUGACUUGGAAAUUGUUGAAAACCUUAAUUCCGAACUGUUCAACCGGCUCGAGUAUAACGAUAGCAAUGUUCUGCCGUUCGGGCGAGCCACGUCACAGGUCGUGAACCAGAGUGGAUCGGUUCUGACUGCAGUGCAGAUCGGUCUCAGCACCAGACUGUACGGCGCGCCGGGUGUAAGACUACAGUUAUACUUCGAAGUGACUAACUACAGAGAGCAGAGCGUGAGAUUCAACUUCGGUGCCGUUGGCGAGCUACGAUUUCUGACUGGAAUCGAACCGAGUUCACAAACCGUUGCUUCGGGGCAAACCGUGACUGUCAUUGUGAGUCUGCUGAUAUCAGCCACUGCACAACCGGGAGCGAGGGACCUCAUUACCUUCACAGCUUAUGGUAACGAAGCGGUCUCCAUUUCGGCCUACGUCUAUGUCCUGAAUCAGGGCCAGAGUAUAAACGACGCUUCGCCACCGAGCAUCCGCCAUAAUUUCCAGGGCUCCUGUUUGCUAAAACAGGGCAGCGAUUGCAAUGAACACGUGUGGUCUGCUACCAUCAUAGCGCGCGAUUCUGAAGGAGGUCUAUUGCGGCUGACGUCAUCGCCGCAGGGCGUGAUCUACGACAGCAACUUCAUAUCGGGCUCGCGCGAUGACGUCACGGCCACAUAUCGCGCGACGUGCUGCUCGCCGCGCGUCGUCGUCAACGCGGUCGACGCAUUCGGCAACACGAACAGCUACAUCGUCGAUAUAUCUAAUUAUUUCCCACCAUCAGCGAUAGCCGCCAUUGCUCUCGGCAUAAUACUUUUUAUAGGUAUCUUAGUGCUUAUCAUUUUCCUAAUUUAUUGGUGCGUGAAACGGAGAAAGGAAGUCAGAGAAUUACCAACGUAUACGUCUAGGAAUGUUAACUAAAGUGUAUAUUUUAUUUUUUAUUAUUUUUUUAUUUAUAUUUUAAUUUAGCGUAAGUAACACAGUCAAUCUGGGUAAUUGUAAAGGGGAGUAAACUUAAAAUAGGUUAGUAAACUCAAACUUUUAACUGUGUUAAAAAAAACUUAA